GUGACUCUACUGUGUCUGUGUCUCUUUGUGUGUGGGUUUUCUGGUUCCGUAUAGAAUUUGCGUUCUUUCUCCAAAUAAAACCAAACCCAUGUUGUAAAUAAAAUCCAUUGUGAGAGAGAAAAAUCAAAGAAAAAAAUGUGUGUAGUGCGUUAUCUUCUCUGUUGAAUCUUUUCCAAUCCCAGAAAAGCCUGCUACAUCAGACAACGAAAGCAUACCCGUCUUUUGUAAAAGGAUCUUCAACCCAUACUUGGGAGCCUGUCAUGACUAGUACUGAUACAAACACUCCAAGUUAUUGGUUGAACUGGAGGUUUUUCCUCUGUGCACUAUGGGUCUUAGCCUCGAUGGUUUUGGCAUCAUUUCUAAUAUGGAAAUAUGAAGGUUUCAACAAGUCCAGACCGGAGAGGAGAGAAAAUCAGCAAGAAAAAUCAAGGACUUUGUACGAGGAUGAAGCCUGGAAGACAUGUCUUAAAGGAAUCCAUCCUGCCUGGCUGCUUGUUUACAGAAUGAUAGCAUUGAUUGUGCUUUUGUCGUUGCUCAUCGCAGAUGUUGCUGAUGCCGGAGGUGGCAUUUUUUUCUUUUACACUCAGUGGACAUUUACUUUGGUCACGAUAUAUUUUGCGCUUGGAUCUUUAUUCUCCAUUUAUGGAUUGUUCAAGCACAAUAGAGUUGGAGGCAAUGAGGUUGAUCAUGCAAGUUCAGAUGCAGAGCAAGGAACAUAUUUAGCUCCCACAAUAGGACAGAGUGCAGAUAUGGCCAAUAUGUCCAAGAGUCCAGAUACCCAUGAAGCACCUCAUUCUCGCCAGACUGCAAGUGUAUGGGGUUAUAUCUUUCAAAUCAUUUUUCAGAUGUGUGCAGGUGCUGUGACGCUCACCGACUGCGUAUUUUGGCUCAUUCUUUAUCCUUUUCUUAUGUCCAACGAGUAUAAACUGGAUUUUUUGCUUGCUAGUAUGCACUCAUUCAAUGCUGUUUUCCUGCUUGGUGAAACAAUGUUAAAUUGUGUGCGAUUUCCGAAGUUUCGGAUUGCAUAUUUUGUGUUGUGGACAGCUAUAUUUGUCAUUUUCCAAUGGGUCAUCCAUGCAUGUAUUUCUAUAUGGUGGCCAUAUCCAUUUCUUGAUUUGUCAUCUCCAUAUGCUCCCUUAUGGUACUUCGCAGUGGGGUUGAUGCAUCUUCCAUGCUAUUUCAUCUUUGCUUUAAUUCUUAGGUUGAAGCGCAUAUGGUUGUCAAGAUCAUUUCCAAAUUCGUAUCAGAUUAUUAGUUGAGGAAACAGAAGCCUAAUGCUGCCCUCGACCAUGUUAAUUACAAGGGUCUGAGCGUAAAACAAGGGUCCACACCAUUUCAUAUGAAAGACUAGUUCAGUAUUUAUCUUCUAAGAGAGUUGCUGCUAGUGUCAUUAUUUUUUACAUCGAGCAGCAAUGGAAGGAUGUAAAAAUUGUUGAUAAGCUGGUGAUCAUUAUUUUUCCCAGGAUACAAAUCAGAUAAGCAUGUUUUUGUGUCCACCAGAGGGGGUAUAUGUCCUAAAUAUUUAUGUGCUUGGAUAAAUUGCCAAACAUUGUUAAUUGUUUCUCAAUUCAAUUCUACUUCAUUUUUGACCUGCCAAGCACUCAUGAAUUAUUUAAUGGGGGAUUUGUAAAUGAGUUCAACUAAGUUAUCAUCAGCCAUAUGGUUUGGUUACCUCAGGAUUGCUAUAUUUGUUA